AUGGCGGACGUGCUGCAGAAACCCCUCAUCAAAUCAUGCGACAUGUCACAGGAGAUGCAGGAUCACGCCGUCUCCUCCUCACAAGCAGCGGUCGAAAAGUUUACGAUCGAGAAAGAUAUGGCGGCCUACAUUAAAAAGGAUUUCGACAGCAAGUAUGGGCCCACCUGGCACUGCAUAGUGGGCCGGAAUUUCGGAUCUUAUGUAACUCAUGAAUCCAAGCACUUUAUCUACUUCUACCUUGGACCCCAGGCCAUCCUCCUGUUCAAGAGCGGCUGA